GCCGCUCGGUGUCUCUUGGACAUCAUUUUAAACCCCCUGAUCGACUGGAGACUGGAUUUUUUUUUAAACUGCUGCAAGAAUGUGACUCUUCUGUCUCCGUUUCUUGUUGGUUUUUUUUACCCCGUGAAUGGUCCAGGCUCUGCUGAUCGAGGAGACGAUUUGAUCACAUUUAUAAAAAAAAGAGAUUGUUAUUUCGUUCAUCAUCUGUCCUCUCAAUGCGGAAUUCACCUGGACUGGUGUCAGGGUAUCCGCGCGGGUUUAGGAGGAGAUUCCAGGUUUUUAAAGCGAGUGGGCAGUAAUAUGUCCAGGCGAAAACAGACCAACCCCUUCAAAGUUAACUGUAGGUAUUCCAGGGCCAUUCCACACUUCAGGCAUCACAGGACUUCAGCACACUAUUAACAUGGACGGCAGGGACGAAUUCAUCGGAGACAAUGAAUGCUGCAGCAACAACUCCCAGGAAGUACACGAGCAGGACAGCAUCUCGGAAGACAGCGAUAGUGACCUUGACAACCACGGUGAAGACUCUUCAUCCAACACCUCUGCGGACGACCACAUGACCACCAAGAGGACGCAGUGCCGCCUACGAGGAGCGGGGGUCAAAGAGGAGAGCGAGGAAGGGGCAGACCACGGCAACAACUUUGUUUGUCCUCUCUGCACGCUGGAUUUCAGCAGCCCUGAGAAGCUCAUCUCCCAUGUCUACCAGCACACAGCCAUGAUGAGCAACAACAAGAGCUACGUGUGCCCAGUGUGUGGGCGAGCCCUGAGUUCUCCUGGCUCGCUCGGCCGGCAUCUCCUCAUCCACUCCGAGGACCGCCUCUCCAACUGCGCUGUGUGCGGCGCACGCUUCACAGACACCAACAACUUUAACAGGGAGAAGCUGAAAGAUGUCCUCGACACAACCAGGAUGGACGUCUCUGAAGGAGGGGACAGCUGUUCCAUGUCCCUCUCCAGCAGCCCGAUGACCAGCCCGGGCCACGGCACUUGCUCCUGCCAUGGUCCGGGCCCCAGUUCGUGUCAGGGCCCUCACGCCUGUCAAGCCCCUGACCCCGACCCCAACCUAUGUCAAGCCCAUCGUGCCUGCCAGGGACCGGGCCAGUGUCAAGGCCCCAGACCGUGUCACGGCCUUGGACCAUGCGUGGGCUCUGACCAGGGACCCUCUUUUCCCUCGCUGCCCGACAGCCUCCUCUCUGAAGGGCCAUCACUGGCAUCUAUCCCCGAUGCUCUUGACUCCUCCCCCUCGGGCUUUCCUCCCAUCUCCGACAUCCUGAGCCCCGUGCCGGUGUAUCCUGCCGGAGUGCUGCUGGUGUGCAACAGCUGCGUGGCCUACCAGCAGUUGGUGGACGAGCAGUCGCCGAUGCAUAAGUGGGCCCUGCGUAGGAAGAAUGAACCCGUGGAGGCCCGCAUGCACCGUCUAGAGCGCGAGCGCACGGCGAAGAAGAACAAGCGGGCGUGCGAGAGCGAAGACGAGCGGGAGCUGAGGCGGCUGCGGGACCGCGAGGCCAAGCGCAUGCAGAGGAUGCAGGAGUCCGAGGAGCAGCGGGCGCGCAGGCUGCAGAGGGACCGGGAGGCCAUGCGCACGAAGAGGGCCAACGAGACGCCGGACAAGAGGCAGGCCCGGCUGAUCCGCGAGAGGGAGGCGAAGAGGGUCAAGCGACGGCUGGAGAAGAUCGACCCCGCUCUGCGGACACAGAUAGAGCACGACCCUGCCGCCAUGGCCGCUCUCACCGCGGACAUGAGCCUCUUUCAAUUCCCCUGCCCCAUGCCUGGCCCUUCCAUUGACGACGGUCUGUUCAUGAAGCUGCCCUAAAGGGUCCAGGCCACUAGGGGGGGGGGGGCACUGACCUCUAGCAGCACCAUUCACCUCUGCCAUCCGGCUGCCGUGGUCACAGUGACCCAGGUUUUCCUCCGGCUUCACACGCUGCUUUGUUAAAUGCAGCAAAAACGACUUCAAUUUCUAAUUUAUUACAGUUUCAAAAAACCUUGGGAACAGGGUUGAGUGUUUCAUAUUGUAUGGAUGAUGACGUAAAAGCAUGUUGUAAAGAGAUUGAUCUGCUAGUCAGCAGAUUUAACAGUUCAUUCUAGUAGGAGCGGCUAUACUUCCUUUUGAGGGAAAAAAAGAAAGAAAUCUUUUUGCACACGGACCUUCGGUGACAGGAGUGGGGACGUUUUAGCCUCAGCCCCCCCCCCCUCCCCCCCCCGUCCUGCUGGUCCACUCCGCCAGCCCAGUGACUCGGGCUCACUGGUAGCUCCGCCUCUCGUCAAGCUGCCACCGUGGGAAGUUCAUUUUCUGUCAAACUCUACUACCUCAGCGGGCGCCUCCGUCUCGCGGCGUUCUGCGCUCUCACUCCAGGCUUCCAAAGCUCUUCACGUACUCUACACGACUACAGAGGGUGCUUCCCACUAUUUGUUUUGUUUAUCAUUCCGGCACUUUUAAUAGGACACACACAUUCACAGGAGCAACUGAUUUACAAACACACCAGUUCCACAUGAAAGUCCCAGGUCUAAAUUUAAUGUUUCUUAGUUCUUAACGGAUCAAAUCAAAGAAUGUUUUGUCCUAUUGAACACGUGUUGAGCGACAUUCCCACUCACCCGCUGUGUCGCACUUGAUGCAUUCGCCUCUUUACAUUCUCUUUGCCAAUAUUUGAAUCCGUUUUCUUUUUUCCUACCUUGUUACACUCUGAAUAUUUUGCCAAUGUGAUUUCUUUUUUUAACUUUUUGUGUUGUUUUGGCUCAUAUAAAGUCCGUCUCUGCUGCUGUUAUUGUACUGUACAGUACAUUAGUUACCUCUUAUAUAUUUUGGACUAAAAUAUUCCAUUAAGUAGUCACAAUGAAACAGUUAAUGAUACUUUACUUGAAGAUGAGUAACACAGAAAGCAUCGUCUGCAUGCAGUUUGUGGAGCCUUCACAUGCUUUGUAACGCUACAGGACCUCCAAUAUAUGUGACCUGCACCACUUAAAUUGAGGUGAAAUUGUCAGGAGAAUUGAUGAGAUAUUUAUUGAUUCAUAUGACAGAGGGACUCAUUUUAAACUCGCGUACCUGUUGUAUUUUUAAUUCCCUUCCGUUACUGAGCACUGGGGCUAAUCUCAUCACAUACAGCCCAUACUGGGAGAGAUUUUAUUAAUCUAUAUUCAUUAACCUCAUAUUUAUGCAAAAUGAUGUGAAUAUAUUUUUCUUGUGAAAAUGUUUUGGGUUAUUUGUUACCGACCGUCAGUGGUAUAAAAUGGUUUUAAAUGUUUAAAUUAGAGGCCAUGUCUGGAUAUCCCAUGUUGAAUUGCCUGCCUGUAAGGUUUACUUCCAGCGUUCCUGGACUUCACUGCUCCAGAUGCAAACAGUUAGUGUCAAUAAGUAGUUUCUGAAAUGUUCAACGACUAUCGGAGACAAGAACUGGUUCUGUUUGAGUCACUCCGAGACGAGAGCCCAUCUCCCUGGCCGUUUGUUGCGUCAACUGAAAAACACAAGCGACGUCCUCAGAGGCUUUUCUAGGAGUGCGUCAAACCUCUAUGCAACAGACGUUAUCGAUUCAAGGGAAAUUAAUUCACUUUUCACAGAAACUAUGCAGAAUGCAACUUUAAUUUAGACUUCAAUGCAAAAGAGUUUCCGCUUCUCAGGCAAUUUAACUCAGUGAGAGGCUCAGAGCCCGGAGACGCCGCCGCGGUCCAGAAGAAGCAUGUCAAACGAUGCGACGGAAACCGUUCGGAGCAGUUGUGACUUUCCCAGACGCUUUUGUUUCUUCGGUGUGUGCUGAACGCACAUGAAAGCGACAGGUUUCUCACGGCCGUCGUACUCAUGGCGUUCUCCACGGAGGCUUCAGGUGUCAUUUAUUUCUCUCUUCUCUCAGACUAUGAAUACUGGGUAUUCUCAGAGGUUGCUCUUUGAAAUUGCUGUGGUCACCUUUUGUCCUCCGGUGGACCAACGUGACAGAAAAGUGCAGCGUCUAAGGAAGUAUUCUGAACUCUGAGGUGAUGCUGGUCUGUAACGAGCAGUACUUUCAGUAUAGGGGUUGGGUAAGCACUGCAUGUUGGGAAACUGCACUUGUCCUAGAAUGGUUCAAUAUGAGUGUGUGUUCUACUGUUAGUUUAUGCCUGCCUGUUGUUUUUUUACAGUUGAAUUGAAAGGAAAAUGUUGUAAAAGAAGAAGAAAAAAAGAAUUGGCCUUUCUAUUUUAAUUCUAUCAGGAUUUUCUCUCAAUGUCCAUGUUUACAAAACAAAUCCCUCUGAUCAAGGCCAAAUGAAUGAGCUACACUGCUAAUAAGAACAUUCGUGCUUGCUGCGAUAUCAACGCAUUCUGACUGGAUGGCAUCCUGUUCCAGAUGUACAGACCGUGAUGGAAGCUGGUAAAGGAUGUGCAAAUAAACACCGACUUUACUACACUGGUAA